AUGGCCUUCAGACUUCGGUCUUUAGCGAUCAAAUUAACAUCAUCUGCAGCAGCAGCCCACAAAUUCACAAGGAGUACUAUUACUACUUACUCUUGCUACAAUAAUGUCAUCAAAGCUUCCCUGAAACCCGGCAUAAAUAGCAGCUUCGUUACGAAUUAUUCCAAGUUUUCGCCAUAUAAUCACGCAAGGAACUACUCUUGCUACAAUGUCAUUAGAGAUUCCAUCGAAUCGGGAAUAAAUAGUUUGGCUGUCACUAAAGGCGGUGAAAAGAGUACUAGUAGCAUUGUUGAUGACCAAGAAUUAAAAAAAGUUAUUGCUACCUAUACAAGUGAUGCAUGGAUAUCAAUGAAAAACCUUUUAAACAAGUAUAAUCAAACACAAAUUUUCUUAAAUAACAAUGGGGCGGCUGUAUUUGAUUUUUCAUUCUUGUAUGAUCAUGAUCAUGUCGGCCGUCUUGCGUUUGCUUCUAGUGGUGGAUCAAUGGGUGGGAGUGAUUUUUCUUCUUCUAGCUCUAGUUUAAGUACUUCAUCUGGCAGAGGAUAUUAUAGUUCUUAUAGUAGUGGCUCUAAUAGGAGAGGGAACCACGACGACGCUGGAAUUGCUUUGAUCUUCUGUAUAACAAUGCUUAUCUUUAUAUUGUGUGUGAUUGCCAUGCUAAAUACUCCUAGAUACAGUACUAUCAAGCUUCAGGUCGGAUUAUCAGGUACAGCUAGAUCACUGCAAAAGGAUCUCAACUCGAUUUGUAAGACAGCUGAUACCUCCGGAGAAGCUGGCUACAGAUAUAUAUUAGAAGAGAUAGUAGCAGCUCUAAUUCGAAAUCCUGAUUUUUGCAUAACGUGUUGUUCCUCUGUAGAUGUGAAUACGAAUAUAGCAGAAAGUGAGAAAGUAUAUCGUCAGAAUUUUAUUGAAGAAAGGAGUAAAAUUGACGAGCUUACUCUAGUCAAUGUGAACAAUAUUAAAAAGAAAAAGGCAACAAGCGGAAGAACUGAUGGGUUUGGCAGCGAGUUUAUUGUGGUUACAAUUAUCGUGUGUGCUAAUGGGGUACAUAGCUUACCACCCAUUAAAAACAGAGAAGAUUUUGAGAAAGCUUUGCAAAUGCUGGCAUCUAUUCAAGGGAAAAUUAAGGGCGUCGAGGUGUUAUGGACACCGCAGAUGAAAGACGAUAUUCUUACAAAGGAAGAAAUGGUUAAAAGUUAUCCACUAUUGGAGCCUCUUGAUGAAACUGUUGAGAAAUGGUUCACAUAG